AUGACGAAACAGUUCAAGGCAUCAGAUCCACUGCUCACCAUUAUGGACAUGGUUAUGUAUAGCCCAAAUGUACGCCCAGCAUUAUCUUUAUAUAUUUACGUAGAUACACAGGGAAAUCAUCAUGGUUGGGCGAUGCUUGUUGACAACCUCCCUGCGGCGGCCGUGGUGGAGGUGGAGUUGGGACAUGGGAGAGAGAUGGUUGUUGGUUAUAUGAUUUACUAUUCAUCACAAAUUGUGUUCCAUUUUGAUCUUUCUUUAAGAAAGAUGCCUGAGGGAAUAACAGCUGAGAGUCUUAUGCACAAUAUCAUGGAAACAAUAACUGACAGUGCUUCAAAGCCCAAAUCUGAGUCCUUUUUUGAGGAGGAGAAUUUAAAAUCCAUGAAUUCUCAGUUCAAUAGAUUGUUUGGACGACAAAGGCACGUUCACCAUAUUUUGGGUUGUGCUGCUGAUGUGCUAUUAUGGAGGAACAAGAAGAUUUCAGCCAGCGUCUUAACUGCUGCUACUGUAACUUGGGUGCUUUUUGAAUGGCUUAACUACAAUUUUCUUACCAUUCUAUGCUUUGUGUUGGUUAUGGGUAUGCUUGCUCAAUUGGUUUGGAAAAAUGCAUCAGGCAUAUUAAACAGAACUCCAUCCAAUAUCCCUCGUCUUGUUGUGCCUGUGGAGGUUUUUGUUAACAUUGCCAAUUUGAUUGGAGCCGAGGUGAAUCGGGGUUUAAGCUUCUUGCAAGAUGUUGCCACUGAAGGAAAUAUGAAGCAAUUUCUAGUGGUUGUAGCAAGCUUGUGGGCUGCUGCUAUUAUUGGUUGUUGGUUCAACCUUUUGACCAUUCUUUAUGUCGGUUUUAUUGCUGCCCACACGUUGAAGAUGAGGUUGAUGGUUUUUGUGUACAAUGUCCUCGGACAGCUUCAGCGUAAUUACUGCCAGCUGGAUGCCAGUGUCUUGCGCCGAAUCCUUACCAGCAAGUUCAGGGGAAGGAAGGUUGACUAGAUUGUUGAGGAGCACUUCAAGGACAUUGAAGCAGAAAAAGGACAUACAUUUCAAGUGCUCCAAGCAUGUUGCUGUUAUUAUUGUGUUUAGCUAAGAAUUUGUUGAAAAUUGUAUAACCAUGCUGUCAGUUGUGUUUACUUGAAUAUGAAAUUUCCCAAUCUGCUCAUCAUUAUUUUGGAUUUCAUUGAUUGGAGUUAAUGGUCAUGUCCAUGUGUCAAGUAGAAUAUAUAUGUGACG